ACAAACAGUUUCAGGGUUGUGCAAACAGUUGAGGAUCAGUCACUGUGCAGGACGUUUGCAAAGCAAAAUGCAUCUCUUACUUGAGAUCCCUCUGUUUUUAUUGAUUGUCCUUUAUUCCUACUUGGAGGCUGUUGUCAAGCUUUUCAUACCUGCAAAGAGAAAGUCUGUCACUGGAGAGAUCGUCCUGAUCACCGGAGCUGGCCACGGACUUGGGAGAGCCCAAGCUUAUGAAUUUGCAAAGCGUUGCUGCAAAUUAGUUCUCUGGGAUAUCAAUAAGCAUGGCAUUGAAGAAACAGCUGCAGAAUGCAGAAGACUGGGAGCCACAGCUCAUGCCUUCACCGUGGACUGCAGCAAGAAGGAGGAAAUCUACUGCGUUGCAGAGAAGGUAAAAAAAGAAAUUGGGGAUGUAUCUAUCUUGAUGAAUAAUGCAGGAGUGAUCGCUCCAACGGAUCUGCUGUCAACUGAGGACCAUGAGAUUCAGAAGAUGUUUGAAGUCAACAUACUUGCUCACUAUUGGACUUCAAAAGCUUUCCUGCCAGCCAUGAUGAGCAACAACCAUGGCCACAUUAUCACCGUGGCAUCUGCUGGUGGUCACAUAGUGGCUCCUUUUCUUGUGACUUAUUGCUCAAGCAAAUUUGCUGCUGUCGGCUUUCACAGAGCUCUGACGCAGGAAUUGGCUGCACUGAAAAAGAGAGGAGUCCAGACUUCAUGUGUCUGUCCUAUGUUUAUAAACAGCGACUUUGUUAAAAAUCCAUCUUCGAGACUGAUGCCGCCUUUGGAGCCAGAAGAAGUGGCAAAGCAAGUAAUGGAGGGGAUACUAACCAACCAGAGAAUGAUUUUUGUCCCACCAUUUCUGAAAGUCAAUGUAAUGCUGGAUAGGUUUCUUCCGGUUCGUGCUGUUGCCGCUUUGUGGAGACUGAAUGAACUUAAAUUUGAUGCCGUUGUUGGAUACAAGGAUAAAGAAAACUAAGGGGAUUCUGUUUGGUUUCAUUCCACUUUCCACCCUUUCAGUGGUUUUAUUCUGGCUGUUCAGUAUAAGCCUAUGCAAUGUUACUCCAGUGUAAACCCACUGUUUUCUAGAUUGGAAUAACUCUGCAGAAGAUUACAUUGCCUGCAGGCCUCAGAUUCAGCAGGAGCUCACAGAAGCGCAGCUCCUGAACCUUUCUGACAGUUCCCCAUCUCCCUCCCCACCUACCUUGUCCAUUGAAGAGUAGGUGCAGCUGCAUAACAAUCCCUGGAUUAGGAGUGGGCAGCCAGCCAGCCACCAGGCGCUUUGCCAUGCCCCCAGCAGCCCUCAUUAACCCCUGGAGAAGCCCACACCACCCUUUCUCCACUUUUUAUGUGAUUUUGGGCAGCGGGUAGAUUGGUGGCCUUUUGACUGGGGGGGUGGUCAGCCAAGGAGAGCCCCAGGUGAGCAAGGCCUGCUUGGGCUGGCUGGAUCUCUAGCAGGCCUCACUCGUCUUGGGCUGGCUGGAUCUCUAGCAGGCCUCACCUCACUGGAGAGCCAGUUUGGUGUAGUGGUUAAGUGUGUGGACUCUUAUCUGGGAGAACCGGGUUUGAUUCCCCACUCCUCCAUUUGCACCUGCUGGAAUGGCCUUGGGUCAGCCAUAGCUCUGGCAGAAGUUGUCCUUGAAAGGGCAGCUGCUGGGAGAGCCCUCUCUAGCCCCACCCACCUCACAGGGUGUUUGUUGUGGGGGAGGAAGGUAAAGGAGAUUGUGAGCCGCUCUGAGACUCUUCGGAGUGGAGGGCAGGAUAUAAAUCCAAUAUCUUCUUCAUCUUCUUCUUCUUCGUCUGAGGCUUACCUUUCUUGCAUCGGGUUGCUUUUGGCUGGGGGGGGGGGCAAUAUGCUAAUGAGUUAUGCUAAUUUGCUCCGCCACCUAUUUUUCUACAAAAUGACCUGAUUGCCUGCUACUUAGACCAUACAAGGAGUACCUAGGAAUUAACCCCCAUGAACACUGUAUAUGUGUGCAAAUAAAAUGACAGAUAUUUUUUUUUUGGUGAAAAUAAUUCCCUCUGAUUUAAAAACUGCUGUAUUCCCAGCAUAUUUAUAGUCAGUGUCGUUUUAGUUCAAUCUUCAUUACAGCCCACAUGCCAUUCAAAAGCAGAGUAAAACAGAUAAAAACGAAUUUAAAAUUAAUUAACUGCAUAAAACCUCUGUAUACAUCGCUUGUCUUAAGACACCUACAGUUAAAAGGUUAUAAUAAGAGUAAAUUAUGUACUGGAUGUUAUCUCAGCUUGUAUUUUCAUUGGAGAACACAGAAACUUUGCCACCGAAACAGUAGUUCUUUGUUCAAGCACUGCAAAUAUUUUCUGUUUUGUACAUAUCAUUUUGUAUCUCACGUUAAUGAGAAAUGUCAAUCUUUACCAUGUUGAAAUAAAACAAUAUUCUCAAUGUGA